CCAGAUCAACGCAGAAGUUAUGUCUUCGUCAUGACCCUGAUUCUGAUGAUGAGAUGGCACAGGAGGACUUGUGUAAUGAAUUGUUCGGCGACUACUUGAGUGGUGCAGAAACCGCGAAACGAACUUGCAAGAUUGCUCGCAUGAUUUGCAAGGUACGCCCAAACAGACAUACUGAAGAUACGCUCCUGAAAAUUGCCAAAGCUGGCCAAUCCAAAACCAAUGCCUGUCGGAACCUCCAUGUCCUCAUCAACCAGGGCAAAGUCUUGCUUCCUGUGCCAAUUGAUGCAGUGCUGCUACGUGUUGCUCUACGCAGGCCUUAUUUUAGGAAGCAAGAACUAUAUUGGCCAGUGUUGAGAAUGGAGGACUGGAUCAAAGUCUUGAUGGCUAGGGCACCAGAAACUCUUUUGGCUGGCUGUGCAUUUGAAAACAAAAGUGCAUGGAUGAGUAUUUUGGAUGGGUUUUGGGCAGACUAUGAGUCAUGUAACCCAACGUAUCCAAUAUACAGUUCGACCCUGCGACGUUCUCAUUCCAUCCCGUACUUUCUUCAUGGGGAUGAAGGCAAAACUCUGAGACAACGCAGUUUCAUGAUUGAAUCUUUCCAACCGGUCAUUAGCAGAAAGGGUUGCUUGGUAUCCAAUGAAUCGGGGCACCCUGGAUGA